CAUCAAGCGGUCCUGGUCCUUGCGUUCGGUGUCUCGGCUCCCAUUUCGGAUUUUCACUCCGCUGUCGACUGCGUUCGAAGGCGGUGGUACGCACGCACGAUACGAGCUUUGUCCCCGGUGCUUUUACACACAAAUACGCUCGGCCGGUGACACCGCAGCCUACUCUCUCGCUGCCCUAAUCUUAUCAUGCCAGCAGCAUCCUCAGUUCAACCACCGUUGUUCUCCACGUCCUGUCAGAAUCUGUGAGUGCGUUCUGCUGUCCGGGAAAACGCGGGUGUUUUCUUAUCUCUCGGAAAAUGCGCUUUUUGGAUCGGCGCCGAUAAUACGGGGUUAGAAAAAUGUGGCUUUGUUGCAGUGAUGUUUGGUGCGGCAGAUUUUGCUGUUUCGCCGUUUUUGUGGUGUGCUUAUUGGCGGUGGCGUCUCCGGCUCCUUUGAGGAUUAAAAGGGAAUAUAUAGAUGAUAGAGUGCAAAGUUAUCUAAUGCGGUUCGGGUACUUACCGAAAGCGAAAGAUGGCGCUUUCGCAUUAAGGACCGAAGAAUCGAUACGGACUAGUUUGAGUGAUCUGCAGCAGUUCGCAGGCAUUCCCGUUACUGGACAGUUAGAUGGCGCCACCAUCAAAUUAUUACGUACGCCGCGAUGCGGCCUUCCAGAUAAGGUUUAUCAAACAUCCGGCAGGCGGAAACGGUUCACACUGCAAGGGGAGAAGUGGCCUUAUCUGAAUCUGACUUGGAGUUUGAGGACCAAGAGAUUGAAUGGACUGGAUUUCUACGAGGUCCGAAGGAUGAUUGCAAGAGCUUUUGGAGUGUGGUCCAGACACUCCAGGCUGACCUUCACGGAGGUUGACAGUAACAGGGCUGAUAUACUCAUUUAUUUUUAUAGUCGAGACCAUGGAGAUAAUUUUGAUUUUGAUGGGAAAGGUGUGGUUCUGGCACAUGCUUUCUUUCCAAAUGGUGGAAAAAGUACCGAUGUACAUUUCGAUGCUGACGAAACGUGGACACUGAGCAGCGAUCCAAACGAAGAAGGAACGAAUUUUUUCAACGUGGCAGCACACGAAUUUGGUCAUUCCCUGGGUUUGGCCCAUUCCUCCGUUGAUACUGCUCUGAUGUACCCAUGGUACAAGGAGAUAGAAGACAACGGGUACGAUUUUGAACUACCAGACGAUGACAGGAACGCUAUACAAACCCUCUACGGAACUAGAGAAAAUCGCUUGUGGGGAAGAUUGUACCCUGAUAGGACGAGACCUACCACAACUACAACCACUACAACUACCCCAAGACCAACACAUCGAACUUGGAGGACUCAUCCUACAAGGCCCACAAGGCCACCGGAGAGGUUCCCACCGAAGAGACCCUACGAUCCUCGCUACCCCAACGGAAUCAACCCAUCUUUCGUACCCUACGACCCGAAGAAGGGCAACAAAUACCCCUACUACCCCCAAAAACCCGGCUACCCCAAGAAACCCCAGUAUCCCACCAAAGCACCAAGGAAACCUACCCACACCACUAGAGCUCCACCCCCAGUACGCCCCACUACCGAGAGGACCACGACCAGGCCCCCCCACCAUCACCCUAGGAACGAGCACCAUCACCACCACCAUCCACAGAGGGAGCCACCGAAGCCUGUACCCAACACCUGCGAUACCAGCUACGACGCCAUCUCUGUCAUCAGGAGGGAAGUUUUCAUCUUCAAGGGAGCGUAUUUCUGGAGAAUCGGAGAAAAAGGACUGAUGGAAGGAUAUCCAGCCGAGAUUACCAGACUCUUCAAAGAGCUUCCUCACAAUCUGACCCAUGUUGAUGCGGUAUACGAACGGCCAGACAACAAGAUCGUCUUCUUCAUCGGCAAACAAUACUACUUAUUCAGUGGCAACAGGUUAGAGAGAGGUUAUCCAAGACCGUUGACAGACUUGGGACUACCAUCCCAACUGGACAAGAUAAACGCUGCUAUGGUCUGGGGUCACAAUGGACAAACUUAUUUCUACAGCGGAAAUAUGUACUGGCGUUUCGAUGAAGAUUCCGCAAAGGUUGAAUUGGAUUACCCUAGAGAUAUGUCUAUGUGGAAGGGAAUAGAUCCAGAUAUCGACGCUGUGUUCCAGUGGAAGGAUGGUAAAACUUAUUUCUUCAAGGGGAAAAAGUUCUGGAAAUUCAACGACCAAUACAUGAGGGUUGCCCAUGAAGAACCCAAGUUAUCAGCUCCGUUCUGGAUGGGAUGUACUAGUAAUAUCGAAGGUACAGAACUUGGAGAAACAUCUCCAAGCAGUUCUCGAGCAAACGCAAGAAUAUUCGACAAAAUCUUGGUUUCCAUAUUGUCCCUGACCAUUUUGAUGUACAUCAGCUCAAACAUUUGAAAUCCGUCUUCUGUUGGUGAGUUCUGGAAGACUAGAAUCCCCACAAGAAAAGAUUAUCCCAUUGCUGGCACAAUUGGUAAUGAGUACACAACAAGACGAAGACGAAAAUGAAGAUUCUUUGAACAAACCCAGUAUAAUAUACCAUCAACAAUUACAAUUGUAAGCGGAAAAUUAUAUCAGAAGUUGUAAGUGACCAUAAUAGUAUAGUCGAGAAAUCAGCAAUAUAAUAUUUGAUGAAUAUUUUUCUGAAUAAAAAUAUAUUUUGUAUUUAGUCGUAGAAGGAAUUAUUCACUUUAAGAAUAAGCUCUCUUUCUCAGUUCUUCAGUGAAAGUUGAUGGUAAAAAACGAUGAGAUUUUUUGUGAUUUAUCGUUCAAGUAUUUUGGAAACUGCCAUUUUCAGCUACUGCGCUAUCAGCAGUCGAAGGAACAAAAAACCGAAUUUUAUUUGAAUAUUUAAACUAGUCAUAUUUUCAAUCGUAUAGAUGACCAAUUUUGUUCAACUGCCCACUUUAAAAGGACCUACAGCUAUAUUUAAUGCUCAGAUGGAAGUGUUCAACUCAAAGAAAUAAAUAGUUGAUUUUUUCACGCCUUCCAAAUUGAUAAUCUGUAUUAACAUUUUAUCUAUUAUCUCUUUUUUUUUCCUUUUCUUGAAUUUUGUUAUCUUCUGACUCAACCACUAUAAAUAUAUGAAUUUCAUGAAAUCAGUUCAUUAUUUCAAAAAAAUAAAAUUAUUAUCAUCAUUUCCUUUGGUCAGUGGCGACGCCAGCUUUCGAGAAUAGGGGGCACUAAUAUUUCCAGAUCCAUGUUGUUUAAGUUAAAUUCACGUUGUUUUUUUUUGCUCAUGCGAUAAUUCGUGGGUGGGCACCAAAAAUUUAGAUACAAACCCCCCCUAUAGCGGCGCCACUGCUUUUGGUGUAUGAAAAAGGUUCUGCUUGGUGUUGUUAUUUCAAAUUUUCGUGCUAAUGUUGUGUGGAGGCUUGACAGCUUUAUUUUGUUCUCAAAUCCACAAUCAAGACUGAUUUCAUUGUCACAAUUAAAAGUGCUCAAUUUAGCACGAGAAAUGCAUAAAAUAUGCAAGUUAUUCUUACUAGAUCUUAGGAACUGCUUUAAUUUAUGCUUAUGUCCUACUGUGAUAUACAAUUUUAUACCAUUCAAUAUUGUGAAUUGAUAUUUUGUAAAGGAUUUUUUUGUAUCAAUGAUUCUGAAACUUUUAGGUAUCGAGACAGAAAAUCAUAAGAAAUUAAAUAAGUGUAUUUUACAUAAGUUAUUUUCAUAUAUUGUAGUUGGUAAUACUUUCUUGUAUAAGUGUAAUGAUAAAUUAAAUAUAUCCAUUUUAUGUAAA